CACUCAACACGCCCCUGAAGCUGAAACAGAGCAGAGAAGCAGAGCAGGGCUGAGGUGAGGUGAGAGCUGGAUGCUACAGAGCAGAUAUCACACACAGCUCAGUCAGCGCAGUCCUGCACCUGCCAGCGAGUUAGUGAAGGGUGAAUAUCCGACUGUUUGCUCCGCUGAGCCACACACACACACUCUAUAUCAAAACAGCAGCUGUUCGCUUCAUUAGCUCAUUAUAUAUCUAAUGAAAAUAUAGAGAGGAGUUCAGCAUGAGCAGAGCUUCAGACCCAGCGCUGUCUGGAGGAGAUGUGUCAGUGUACCUUCUGGAAACUUCAGGAGCCUGACGAGUGACUACAGUCCUCCCUGAACACACCGAGAACACUGGACCUCAGAAUUAGCAGUCCAUGGCACGAUGCAGGUGCAGCGGAAGGGCCCUGUGCCUGUGUGUCCUCCCUUUUGUGAUGAUGAGUCACCUCUUGGUGUACAUCAUGGUGUCCAUUUUCGUGGCCAUGUCCUAUGUUCCAGAACCUCAGCUACCUCUUCAUUUUGUGGCCUCUGGAGCUUCAUCAAACUCUGGAGUGUUAGCACCCCAUCCACUCGCCACCUUCUGGAACCUGCGCUUGGUGGAUGGUGCUCUGUGGAACCGCCUUCAGCAUCUCCAGGACAGACAACACAAUCCCAUAUUGAGAGGCAACAGAACAGAGAUUGGGGAUCCAAGCACUGACCCUAAUUACAUGCAUCAGGCCGAUGGACCUCCUCCAUGUAGUCCUGACCCACUCUGGGCAUCUCAGCUGCCUGACUUCAACACUAUGCCUGAACAGAUGCAGGACUUUGUGUUGUCCAUGCACUGCAGGCGCUACACUCUCCUGAUUGACCAGCCUGACCUGUGCACUGGGCAAGACGCUGACGCAGAGGCACCAAUGCUACUCAUGGCAAUCAAAUCCCAGGUGGGGAGCUUUGAGAACAGGCAGGCCAUUCGGGAGACGUGGGGGAGGAGCGGUCUGGUACAGGAGGAGGCAGGGGGAAAAUGGUGGCAGGUACGCACUGUUUUCUUGCUUGGAAGGCAAGACAUAACAACAGGCCCCCACCCAGACCUGGGGGCGCUUCUACAGCUGGAGAGCAGCCACCACAAAGAUGUCCUACAGUGGGAUUUCAGAGACACCUUCUUCAACCUCACCCUAAAGGAUAUAUUGUUUUGGGACUGGCUGUCCAUGCAUUGUCCGCACAUUCACUUCAUCUUUAAAGGGGAUGAUGACGUUUUUGUCAGGACAGGUGCUCUCCUGGGCCUCCUGAAUGAACACCUAGGGGUGAAUAAUGACAGCAAAGAAAUAGAGCAUUUCCUUGUGGGGGAUGUAAUUACCAAUGCUUGGCCCAGUCACCAACCCCACACUAAAUACUAUAUACCUGAGAGUUUCUAUAAAGGUGUGUACCCAACGUACGCAGGUGGAGGAGGAGUGGUUUACUCUGGUGCCCUGGCCAGGCGGCUGCGAGUGGUCUCUCAGUGGGUCAGUUUAUUCCCUAUUGAUGAUGUGUAUUUAGGCAUGUGCCUCCACAGACUUGGAAUAUCGCCCAGUCAUCAUCCUGGGUUUUUGACAUUUGACCUACCAGAGGCUGAGAGAGGGAAACCGUGCGCCUACCGCAGAGUACUUCUGGUGCAUAAACGCAGCCCCAAAGAGAUGCUUACGCUUUGGAGGGAACUAAAGGCUUCACUGCCUGCAUGUUAAUACAGGCCCAUGAAAGAAGACUCUGCCAUUUUGACUCUGCUGACCUGCUUUGUAUAAUGACCAGAGGCACUGCCUUUUAAAAACAACACAGAUUUGAAUGUUUACCAUCAGGUAUUUUCAUAUCAGUGAAGAGUGCGUAUUUGCAUAAUAAAUCGUUCACUCCACUGCCACUCUAUUGGCAGUUUGGUGACUGAUGCUACUAAAGUCAUUAUGCGUUAAUUAUCUGUCAUGAUAGAAUGAGCUGUGCUUGUUCCUCUACCUGAAUAGGCUGGAUUCAUUGUGUUACUUUGGAGAUGUACAGUUUGUCAUAGUAUAUAUUUGAUUUAUUUUUUCUUUUUUAAGAAAUGUAGAACCACAAAUCAGAAAAAAAACUUUGCACAGAGUUUUUACAUUUACUUUUAUUUAAUUGCAGACAGUAUACACUCAAGAUCUUCAUCUUCUUGAAGAUAUACUUAAUUUCCUUUCUUAAUACACAUCCUUUCUUUCAUGUAUUUUAGCCCUAAAACACAAGCCAAAGAUGGGAUGGUAGCAGUUAAGAGCUAGAACUAAAUAAUAAAGUAAUUCAAAAUAGAUUAUGUCAGCUGGUAAUUAUAAUCAUGAUCUAAUCAUUAGGCGUGAAUUAAAGGCUUCAAAUGAGUUAGAAAACUAUUGAAAUGUAAAAAAAAUGCUGACCUGACAAAGCAUGAUAUAUAUUUAGUUAUACUGCCUGCCAAUAAAUAAAGGUCAAAGUAAAUGUAAGAAUUACUGUACAUCUUCCACAAGGUCUCAUCUUUUUCUGAUAUGGGGUUUAUUUGGUUGUGUAUAUCACCGUCUUUACUUUUUGAUGUAAUUUGUGUCAUCUUUUACUGGUACUUUUUGGAAUUAAUGGACCAAUAGAAAGGCUUCAGAAUUAAAUAUUUUUACAUUACUUUAAAAAUAAAGGCUUUGUUCAGACUGUAGGAAAUUUGGAUUUGUUUCCCAAAUCAAAUCAGUUGGGAUGACUGUUAUUUGCAAGUGAUCAGAUCAGAUUUGCAUGUCCUGACGCACAGAUGUAUCGUUUAAUAAAAACAUUCUAAGAACUUCCAGAAAGCUUGCCAGAUAUAUAAAAAACACAGAGAGUGUAAUUGCAGAGGUGUUGCAAACAUUUUGCUACAGUGGUUGCUAUAUGGUUGCUAAGAUGUAGCUAUAUUUCAUGCUAGUGUUAAAGUCUGAAAAACAUUUGGAUAAAUGGUGUAAUACAAAUAUAUCUAACAGGUAGAGCUGUGUUCACAAGCUUUUGGUCUGAUUGGAGUCUGGUGACAUUUGGCUAAAUGGUGGAAUGCAAACCUUGACAUGAAAGGGACCUUAAAUCAAUACUUACUCAAGUUAGUAAAAACUGUCAACUAUCAAAAUAAAUUAGGGUAAUUUAUAAGCAUUCAGAUCUGAUCCAAUUCACACACACUUAUUUAUAAAGGGUUAAUGUAGUAGCAGGUUUUCAUUCUACACAACAAUUAGCUCACCUAAAUCCACUUGUUUUAAUUAAGUCUUCAGUCAUUCAAAAACUGAUUACACAUGCUUCUGCUUUACUGAAAUGAAACCCUGCAUCCAUAUGGACCUUUUGCAGAAAAGAUUGGCCACUCCUGUUUUUCUUCUGAAUGUGUAGACCAUGCAGCUUGUAAUUAGCUAAUCACUGAAAGCAAUGCAUUGCAUGAAGAUACCUAAAACCUUUGGUCUGUUAUCUAGUAAUCACUUUUGUUUAAUUGUUUUCUGUUGCUUAUAUUUAUUGAGAAAUUUAGUUUUAAAAAGUUCUGGAAUAAUGCCAUGUACUAAAUAAAUAAAAUAAAUGUUUUUGUAAA